AUCGUUCAGCGAUUCAAUCGAAAGUUGUCGGAGAAGAACGUGAACGUUCUCUGUCGAUUACGUUCAUAUCUUUUUGCUUUUCUUCUUUUUGUUUCAGUAUAUACUAUUCGUUUCUCUAUAUUUUUAUUUCUUUUAACAAUUUUAUUCUCUUCUGAUUAUUACGAAAGAAAAGAAGCAUUGUUAAAUCGUGUUUUCACGCAAGUUGUUCGUCUAUUCUUAUCUCUUUCUUUUGAAUUUGUCUUUACGUGACUAUUUAUUACUUCUGACAUUUAAUCAUAAUAAUUAUAAGGUUCUCUUCCUGAAUCUGACUGAAUGUAAUAUGUGACCUUUAAGUUAGUGCGAAUGCGCAAAAUUUUACCCCCACUUAUCAUCCACGAGCCAAUGGCAAAUCGAUAUAUUCGAAAUUUUCACGCGAAAGCACUACUGAACUAUUCUUGUCGGCAGUAGCGACUGUGGUUGCGACUACGGAACUUGCGACGUCGAUCAUGUAGAUAGAUGAAAAACUGUUGAGGAAGGAUUAGAUAGGUGCACUAAGAGUCUUUGUAAAGUACGAAUACAAAAAACAGAAGACUUACCGAAAUCAAAUUUGAUAGAAUUUAAUUCGUCAGAAAAUAUGAAGACGAUAUGGGUGAUUGGUGGUCCUGGAUGUGGAAAGGGAACGCAAUGCGAUCGUAUAAUCAAAAAAUAUGGAUUUUUACAUUUAAGUAGCGGUGAUCUUUUGCGAGAUGAAGUAGCAAGCGGUAGCCCUAGAGGAGCUUCGCUUCAAGAAUUAAUGUCCAAGGGCUUGUUCGUACCAACGGAUAUCGUGUUGGAACUUAUAAAGGAAAAGAUGGAAAAAGCAAGUACCGAAGGUAGUACGAAAACAGGUUUCCUUAUCGAUGGAUAUCCUCGUGAAUUGGAACAAGGGAUCCUUUUUGAAAAAAAUGUUUGUCCAGUUGAUCUCAUCUUAUUUUUUGAUGUAUCUAACGAGACAAUGACUAAAAGGCUUCUCGGCCGUGCCGAAGUGUCUCAAAGAGCUGACGAUAACGCUGAAACCAUCAAGAAAAGAAUCGAGAUAUUUAACGAAAAGAAUGACAAAAUUGUAGAACAUUACAAGGAUAAACUUGUUAGGAUUAACGCCGAAGGAAGCGUCGAUGAAAUAUUCGAUGAAGUUUGUAAAGCGCUCGAUUGUUUGUUGGCUUAAUGUUUUGGCAAAGCACACAACCCUCUGAGCUUUUCUCAAGCAUAGCCUAAUUGUCUGUCAAGUCCAAAAAAGAUUUUUAGACAGAGAUAUUAAGCAAUAUACGAAGUGUGUGAUAAUACCGUUUACAUUGUAAUAAUCGUUUACAUUGUACUAAGAUCCUAUCCUAAAAAAGAAAAAUCGCUCUGAAUAAGUGUGAUAAAUUUUUAUUUUAUUUUUUCUCGUAAAAAUUUGAGUACAUCCGGCACUUUUAACAUUUACUUUAGGCAAUGAAUUUUACGGAACUUUUUUAUACUUCAUGUUUAUGAAAUAUAAACAAAAGAUAAAUCUUUCAGACACUUAAUCCCUAAGAUUAGGGUUUUCAGGUGAAUUGAUUUUACGUCAAUAAUUGUGAGAGCGAUUAACGGAACACCCAUAUCUACAAUUAUUAGAAUAGGAAAGAGUUAAUAUUAUGAUUUCAUUUAACGAUAAAACAAUCUACUCAAGCAAUAUUAUGUUAUUACAUCUUUUCAUAUAUCGAUCGAUACUAUGAAUGCGUAAUAAAUUGUAUAUUGGAAUUA